AUGCGACUCGCAAUUUCCUGCUGGUUGGGGCUCAGUGGGCUUCUGUCAAGCUCCCUGCUCACAACCGCACGACCGCAUGGCGAAACGGACUUUAUGAGUGUCCGCGACAGCGUCGCCAAAGACUAUCCUAGUGUGACCGAGAUCCCACAGCAAAAGUACUUUAUUUUCACUAUCAUUAUGACGGCCGGUAUGAUUUGGCUCCACGAGUCGGGACCUACGUUCCCCCAACUCAGCGCGCACUCACUGACAGACAUUCGCUGCAGUUUCGCCCAGGCCCCGCUGCCCGAUGAUCAAGUCACAUCUCAUCUGGCGGCCCUGAUUCGAACCUAUCUCACGACGAUGGCCUCCAUUGGGGCAGAAACCUGGAUCAUGCACGGUACCCUCCUCUCAUGGUGGUGGAAUCAAAAGAUUUUUCCAUGGGACAAUGACCUGGAUGUGCAAAUCUCCGAGCCCACCAUCCAUUUUCUUGCAGAUUAUUACAACAUGACCAAGCACCAUUUCGAUCUACCUGGUGUCGACGGCGGGCGAACCUAUCUGCUCGAAAUCAAUCCCUAUUAUGUGGUGCGCAGCACAGAGGACAACUUGAACGUGAUCGAUGGCCGAUGGAUCGACACUUCUUCGGGCCUUUUCAUCGACAUCACGGCCGUGCGCAAGGAUGACGAACGGCGCCAGCAGGGGGACUCGGAGGCGCUGAUGUGUAAAGACCGCCAUCGCUAUCAGGAAAGUCAGAUCUUCCCGCUGCGGGACAGCUAUUUUGAAGAUGUGCCCGUAAAAGUCCCCUACGCUUAUACCUGGCUCUUGGAGGAGGAAUAUGGGUCCAAGUCUUUGACUAACAAGAAUUUUGCCGGGCACCAAUUCAAUGAGGAAACCAAGAUUUGGGAUCCUGUUCCAAACGCGAACAAAAAGCAAAUAAUCGGAACCAACCCUUCCUGCAUCUCGUCUGUGUUCGAGUCCGAAUCCGAAUCCGAGUCCCGAAUCCCUCGUGUGGCGGUCAUGUCAUUCCCUUCUGCCUCUCCAGAGGGCCCAAAUUCCUCCUCCGCCAGUGGACAUUCUCCGACCGGCACACGAGCUGGUCUGCCCGCCACAGCCCCCCACCCUGCCCCGGAGAUCCCCAGCGCACGAAGCUGUAUCACCUGUCGUCGUCGAAAAGUUCGGUGUAACAAGCGGUCGCCAUGCUCAAACUGCGUCCGGGCUGGCAUCGAUUGCGUCUUCCCCCCACCAGGUCGAGCACCGCGCAAAUCUAAACGGCCUCCAGAUUCGGAACUCUUGUCCCGUCUGCGACGCCUCGAAGGUGUCAUUGAGCACCUCAGUGGAGCCAAGACCAAGAACUCGGAGAGCGGCGGCUCGAGGUCGAGCUUGUCGCCGACUCGGGUUGCAGCCGAUCAAGCAUUUCAAUCCGUCUCUACCGCCGUCCCGACUACACUCGCUUCGGCUUCAGCGCCUGGCCUAGCCCCGGCGCCGAUUGCCUCCAUCGCCGCUGAAGGCUCGGCGGCUCCAAAUUCCGCCUGUCCCUUUGAAAAUGAUCCAAAAGCGCCCGUCACGCAGAACUUUGAAAAUGAAUUUGGUAGACUGGUGAUUGAUGAAGGCAAGAGUCGAUAUGUCAGUAAUCGAUUGUGGGCCAGCUUAGGCGAUGAGAUUGAAGAGCUCCAGGAUAUCCUCGAUCAUUCAUCAUCUGAAGAAGAAGAUUUCUCAUCUCCCGAUUCCGCACACUCAGGUUCCCAUGACGGGUUUCUAUUCGGGUUCUAUUCUCUAUCAUAUUCGCUUCGCGAAUUUCAUCCUCUCCUGCCCAGAGUAUCGCUUUUCUGGGAGGCAUAUCGAGAGAACGUGGCUCCCCUGGUCACGCUGGUGCACAGAGGAACAGCCAGGAGCCUCCUGGUUGAAGCGGCGCAGAACCCAGGCUCAUUGGACAAAAAUAACGAGGCUCUCGUCUUCGCGAUAUACCUCUCCGCUAUCAUCAGCCUAAAACCAGAGCAAUGUCUGGCGCGAUUUGGGGAAGAGCGCGGGGCACUGAUCAAGCGAUAUCGGUUUGCGGUUGAACAGGCCCUGUCCAGAGCUGGUUUGCUCAACACGCAGAGCUUGGUCCUCAUUCAAGCGGCGGUUCUCUUCCUCAUUUGUAUCCGUCGCGAGGAUGACUCCAAAUUCGUUUGGUCGAUGACAUCAAUUAUUCUACGACUCGCUCAGGGGCUGGGACUGCAUCGGGACGGCACGAAUUUCGCACUCAAGCCCUUUGAGACGGAGAUGCGACGGCGUCUGUGGUGGCAUAUUUGUCUGCUGGAUGCCCGGUCGUCCGACGACCACGGAACUGAUUCGCAGAUCAAUGAAUUCAUGUACGAUACUCGACUCCCGCUCAAUAUCAACGACGACGACAUCACCCCGGAAGCGACUGAGCCCCCCACAGAGCGCGAGGGUGUGACCGAUCUCACUUUCUGCUUGAUUCGCUGCGAGAUCGCCUGUGCUCUGCGCCGGGCCAAUUACUCUUGUCCGGGCAAGCAAUUCUCCCCCGGAGAUGCCGCCAUGAGGAUGCAACAUUGUGAGCGGAUGAUCCACGUCAUUUCAAAUCGGAUCGAGCAACGAUACAUCAAACACUGUGAUAUGAAAGUUCCCAUUCAAUGGGCCAUAGCGACGGUGGGACGUCUCGUCCUCGCAAAACUCUGGCUGUCCGUCCAUCACCCGAUGACUCGAAAGGAUCGCGCGGUCAACGUUUCUCAGGCGACUCGAGAAAGCCUCUUUCUCACCGCCAUCGAAGUUUUAGAAUUCGGCCGAUUGCUGGAGACGGACCCUCGAACCGCAAAAUGGGGCUGGCUCUUCCGGACCAAUAUGCAGUGGCAUGGCAUCGCGUUCGUCCUCUCUGAGAUCUGCGUGCGUCCCAUCUGUCCAUACACCGAUCGGGCCUGGAAUGCUGUUCAGGGUAUCUACGUGGAGUGGGCACGCCAGGCGACGCAUAAAAAGGGUAUGCUGUGGCGUCCACUUGCGGCACUGAUGAAACGGGCCACCACGAUCCGAGCCAAGCAGCAAGAAGAACUCUUCGCCAAAUUCGGCUCGAAUCAACCAGUCUGUCUUUCCGAUCCCGAUGACUUUACCAGGACACAUCGUCACAGUCUUCCACAGAUACACAUGCCGCCAAUCUCCUCAGUAUCGGCAUCGAUUCCCUUCUCGGAAAACCAGGCCCCUGAACCUGACACGGAUCUGAAUAUCGAUUUGAGUCAGGGACCCUGGGAAACGCUCCAAAGUAUCUUUCCCAACACCAAUCUGUUUGCGCCAGUCAAUUUUGAGAAUGCGCCAGUGUUGCCACCUUCCUCGACCGCCGAUGUACCUCCUAGCUUGUCUUUUUCUGCGCCUGCAAAUAAUGGCUUUAGCGAGGUGAAUAACAACGAUAACAACGAUCCUAAUCACAACAACAACAAUAACAGCAAUAGCACCAGCACCAGCACCAGCAACAUCGCCUUCAUCAACCAGAUCGAGAUCCCUCCAACCGCAACAUCCUCCUGGGAUGAAUGGGACCAGGUCAUGCGUGACUUUCAGUUGGAUGUCGAAAACGAAGGGGUCGCAGAACUGGCCAAAGGAACGCAUGUGUCGCAAUGGUUUGCGUGA